GGAGAUCUUCCCCUCGGACGGCAAGGAUGUGAGGCGAGCGAGCCGGCCACCGCUCGCUGCACCGGAGAGGGCGCGCUGCAAAGGCGGGCAGCCGACCCAGGAGAGCCCGCGAGUGGAGUUGGACACCCCGAAGGGAAGAAAUGAGGUAGCGGCGGUCCCCGGAGCCGGCCAUGAGCGCGUCCCGCCCGCCGAGACCAGCGCUCCCCUGGCCAGGCCAGCCCGGGCAGUGAGGCGGCCGAGCGCGAGUCCCGGCGUCCGGCCGGAGCGGAGAUGCAGUGAGCCACCGCGGGACUGCUGCGCUGGGCCGCCGCGGCCGCAGCACCCGCCAUCUGACCGCACUUCGGGCGAGCUGCUGAUUCUGGGACCAGCCCAGCCGAGGGGCUCUCCAUCUCCAGCACCUUUAGGGGUGGGGAGCACUGGCCCCAGGGGACAGUCGCUGUAGAGUUUCCGCGAUUUCUGGCCCCAGGCCCGGGAGUUGUGUGUGUGUCUGGGGGCCCUUUUCACCUUCGCUGGGGAGUUUCUGCAUAUUCUCGCACCAUUCUGGGUGCUUUUGCUGGGGCUCCCUCUAUUUAUUUGCACGCGCGCAUCUAGCUCUCUUCUAAGACGUUUUGCUCCACUCCCGUUCCCUCUCAUUUUGUUGCUUGCCUGAGACUGCCCUCGUCCUUGCCCAGGCUGGGGUAGUUCUGUGUGCGCGCGCGCUCUUUCCUCCCCUCCCCCAUUUUCUUCUCUUUUAACAAUUCUACCCUCAACCCCUGCGGGGUUUCUAAACACUAUCUCUCCUCCCCUGCCCCCGACUCCCUACCACUGGGCCGCUCCCAACAGAGUUUUAUUUUUCGGUCUUGCCCGGGCCGAACCCGGGCCGGGGCGGGGGGCUCAGCGGGGCUCGCACCCGGCGCUCCGCCGCCGUCGCCCAGCUGUGCCGGGGCGCCCUUCGGAGAUGCUGCCGUGGAAGAAGCACAAGUUCGAGCUGCUGGCCGAGGCGCCGCCGCGGCAGGCGUCCAAGCCCAAGGGCUACGCUGUGAGCCUGCACUACUCCGCGCUCAGCUCGCUGGCGCGGGCGUGCCCCGAAGGCGCGCUCAGCCGGGUGGGCAGCAUGUUCCGUUCCAAGCGCAAGAAGCUGCACAUCACCAGUGAGGACCCCACUUACACAGUGCUCUACUUGGGCAAUGCCACCACCAUCCAGGCGCGCGGAGACGGCUGCACCGACCUAGCCGUGGGCAAGAUCUGGAGCAAGAGCGAGGCGGGCCGUCAGGGCACCAAGAUGAAGCUGACGGUGAGUGCGCAGGGUAUCCGCAUGGUGCACGCUGAGGAGCGCGCGCUGCGCCGCCCGGGCCACCUCUAUUUGCUGCACCGCGUCACCUACUGCGUGGCAGACGCACGGCUGCCUAAAGUCUUCGCAUGGGUGUACCGACACGAGCUAAAGCACAAGGCGGUAAUGCUGCGCUGCCACGCUGUGCUGGUGUCCAAGCCUGAGAAGGCGCAAGCUAUGGCCCUGCUACUCUACCAGACAUCUGCCAACGCGCUGGCGGAAUUUAAACGCCUCAAGCGGCGGGACGACGCGCGUCACCAGCAGCAGGAGCUGGUGGGCGCUCACACCAUCCCGCUAGUGCCGCUGCGCAAGCUGCUCUUGCACGGACCCUGCUGCUACAAACCGCCGGUGGAGCGCAGCCGCAGCGCGCCCAAGCUCGGCUCCAUCACUGAGGACCUGCUCGGCGAACAGCAGGAGCAGGAGCUGCAGGAGGAAGAGGAGGAGGAGCACCCCGCGGGCUGCCUGGAGGAAGAAGAGGACCGUGCUGGGGAGGGAGACCCAGCAGAGCAGGAGGCCGAGGCGCAGCGGGCGUUGGUGGUGGCCAUGCACUUAGAGUGCGGGGACUUGCUGGACACGCUGGAGAAUGGCCGCGAGGAGGCGCCAGGGGGCGGCGGGGGCUCGCAGGGCCCGGGAGCCGGGCCGCCGCCUCUGCUGCUGGGCAGCGCCUCCGACAUGAAGGCCGAGCUGUCGCAGCUCAUUAGCGACCUGGGCGACUUCAGCUUCGGCAACGACGUGCGCACUCUGCAGGCCGACUUGCGGGUGACGCGCCUGCUGUCGGGCGAGAGCACCGGCAGCGAGAGCUCCAUCGAGGGCGGGGGCCCGGACGCCACCUCCGCCACCGCCGCGGACCCGCCCGGCCCAGCCGACGGCGCCAGCGCAGACGAGCCCCACUCGGGCUGAACUUCCCAAGACGACUCUGUGCGCACCCGUCACCCCGCUGUGGGUCCCUAUCCGUGGUCCCGACAACCUCCCUAUCCCCCGCCCUCGCCCAGGAAAGGGGAAAUGGGGCGUGCGAGGCCCAGAAUUCGCCCUGGCAGCCCCCGCCCCUUCCCUUGCCCCAACACUUUUUAAGUUCUGUUCGAGGCGGGCUCGAGUUGCGCUUGGGGAUGUGGGGAGACGUGAGAGCGGGGAAAACCCCGGCAAGGAAGGAGCGAGGCCGUCCUGUGGGAGGAGGCGAAGGAAGGCUGGCUGGGCUCAAGUUCGCAGAGUCUCUCCUGCCGGCCAGUUUCCUGUUUGUGGGGAAGCUGGGGCCUCAGGAGGAGGGGUUAACUUCCUCCCUCAGCCCCCUGGGAGCGCCUUGCACUGUCAUUGACUUGUCUUGAAAAGAAAAGGAUUUGCUCUCACCAAUGUUUGAGGCUUCCAUGCCACCCCUUUACCCCCCCCCCCCCAGUUCUUUUUGGUGCAAGAGCUUGGGCUUUUACCUCAAGACUCAGACCCUUGAAAUUCUGCCAAAUUCCUCAAAUAACUGUUGGGGUGGGGGGAGAUGAAAGAAAGUUGCAUUUUGUUUACAGUUAAAGACAUCUGAUAUCUGAAAAAGGAGUUUUUCUUUAGAAACACACACACACCCCUUCCUCUUGCUCAAAAGAUCUCACUCCAUGAUACUGUGUAAAAUAUUUUUGCACUGUUGUGAAGUAUUUUUGACAUCUUUAUUUUGUACAUAACUGUGUUCUCAGAGCUGAAUGUUUAUGUCUUUUGCUGUGCAAAAGAAACAUGUAAAAUGUUGUUCAGUUGUAUAUACAGAAAUGUGUAUAAAACAUUUUUGUUAUUUUUUAAAAGUAGCACUGUUCUGGUUCUGUUUGCACGUCAGUGGGGGCAGAAUAAAGAGGAAAAUUUACCAGAACAGGUGAGCCUCUGGAACUGCUGCGUGGGGGGUUGGGGUGGGAGAGGACAUGUCAGAUCCUGGGAUGGCUGGUAGGACUGUCUUUGGCUUGGAGAGAAUUAGGGAAGGGGGAUCCAAUUUAUGCAUAGUCUGGGGCCUUCCUGAACCUCCACAACUCUGGGUGCUGUGUCUGGGGCCAGCCUUCACAAUAUAUCCCAUUUUCUCAUUAAGUUGUGCAAGUGUGACCUUUUCUGGUCUUUCUGAGUUAAUUUUUGGAGAGGCUAGGGUGAAUUCCACUUCCCACUCUCAGACCUGUGAGAUUAUUUAUGGAGGAGCGACUUUCUGGGUCUGCUGAGGUUUUACCACUUCCUUCUGUGGGUCACACUAAUGAUCAAGUGUAAAGAUACCACAUAAUCUUCUUUAUAAACAGCCAAGGAGCUUUAAAGAUGAACUAGAAACCCAAAGAAAGUCCCCUGGGGCUCCCUGAGGAGCAGAAUCAUCUCUGUUUUUCCUGGGAGGAAAACCAAAGAGAGAGAAAAGUUGACAAGUUCUGAUCGUGGUGUGAAUGAGUCAUGGUGCAGGUGGGGUGGUGGAUGGGCAGGUUGCAGAUCCCAUUUCCUUCCCUUCUCCAGCCCAGCAUGACCCAGUGGGGAGUGGUGUGGAGGUCAAGGCAGAGAGGAGCUGUUAGCGCUUGGUCCGGGUGUGCAUGCUUUAGUGUUUUCAUGCUUUCCGCGUGUUUGUUUCUGUUGUAAACUCCAAACAGAUGUCUCUAGUUUGGCUACACCCGAUCAGUUGGAAGUUGUAAUAAGAUGCUGCCAAAACUGUGCCUUCUGCAAAUUCUAUUUUCCCUUUGCCCUUUUGGGCCUCUUUUCCUGUGUUGCAGAAAUGGAUCUCACUUUGCUUUGUUUUCAUCAUAAAUAUGCUCUGUGCAGCUAGAACCAGAGAUCCUAAGGAGUCUGGAAUUCAGGAGAGUUCAAGAUUUUCUUCCUAAUUAAUGGGAGUGGGUCAGGCAUAAGAUGAUUUUUAAAGAAAAGCAAAGGGGAUGAGUGGGAAAUAUUUUAAAAAAUAUUCUGUCUCUUCUUAAGGGCAUUAGGACAAGGUCCAGGUCUUUGAAUCUAUUAUAUUUUUGUUGGUUGAAAGUUCCUAUUCCUCUCUCUGAAGACCUCAGACACACCAUUGAAUGACAUUAAGAAGCCCCCAGGUAGAGAGGUCAGCAAAGUCAAAUCCUGGCCAACCACCCACCCACAUUGGUGUGCCACCACACCAGUGUUCUUGCCUGAUCAGCAGAUAGCUGUGUGGGCCAUAUCUAGCCUGUGUGACGAGAUUUCACAUUUCAAAUUAUUUCUACACAUUGCCAAGUUCCUCUUCUGUUCGAAACUGAUGAAAAGAUAAAAACAGUGACGAUAAUAUGGCUAAUACUUGGGGGUGGGGCAGGAUCUGUGAGUCUUCAUUCUUAUCCAGUUUAUGUGUCUGAUGAGAAUGCCAAGGUUGGCUUUUAUCUGUGACGAAUGGGCGUAUGGUGAUUGGUCAGAAACUUCAGGCAAAUGACAUUUAAACCAACACCAUCAAUAAAUAUAAGGUAACUGUC